GGAGGUGAGAGCAGAACACUUCUGAUUCCAGGAACAUGAAUAUCCUGUAACAUGUGUUUCCUGCUGCCAUGUAUCAGCAUCUCAAGGUCUCUUAUCAGCUCCGGAAAUACAUUUAUUUAUUUUUCAGAAAUAAAGUGCAGUCUCACUUUAAACAGCGAGCGGGACUGAUGGGGUUAAAGGAACAAAGAGAAUCUUUCGACUUGUUAUUUAAUAUUUAUGAGUUUAUAUUUAAGAGUUUCUUGGUCUCUGUCUACGUUACGAAUCGUCUUUGACUCGACUGUUUCUCCGUCCAGUUCCCGACAUUUGCACUCCGAUAAAGAGCUUUCUGCUUGGACUCCCGUACGCUGCUGAGUGUCUGGAGAGCUGCAGGAAGCUGAUACACGACCACCACCUCACCCUUCCCAAACUGUCCAUGCCGACCCCGCCGCCGGAGCUCGCCCAGCUGACCCAGCAGCUAGCGCAGCUAGCGCAGCUCUCCACGCAGGCGCACCACUGCUGCACGAGCAUCGCCAGACGCUUCACGUGCCUUAACUCCAACUCCCAGCAUCCUCAGCAGCCUUAACCCCGCCCUCCUCCUCCACACCCUUUAGAGUAACCUUAUAGAACCUGAUUGCAAGUAGAUGGAGACCUUUAAAGUGCCAAAAAGCCCCUCUGCAUCCACAACAUCCUCCUCAUCAUCGCUCCCAUCAUGCUCUGCAGCUUCGCUUCACCGCCAGCAGGUCUGGGUGGAGCUGCGGUGCUGAGGGUGGAGACUGGAAGAAGCCUGAACAUCCCCCAAAUUAUCACAACACCAGAACCAGAGUUCAGAAGUCUGAGCGUCAGGGCUCAGGGCGAUGUGUCUGCAGACGAGGACGAUGAUGAAGUGAUGAAGGCCGGUCUGAAGAGCCGUCAGGGAGACCUGCUGACUGCAGACGACGAGAGGCGUCCUCCGUCAGCAGCCAGCGUCGGUAGCGUGGUGGUGCAGGACCGUCUGAGCGAGCUCGUCAGGCUGUUUAAAGGUCGAACUGAGCGGCAAAGAGAGCGGAUGGUGGACCCGGACGAGUCGGAGGAAGAAAGUCCUUCAGCCUCCCCGAGCAAAGCUCCCCCCCCCCCUCCACCUCCACCAGAGGAGAAGAAGGACGAGGCGCCUCCAGCUGCAGAAAAAGAAGAAGAAGAAGAGGAGGAGGAGGAGGAGGAGAAGAAGGAGUUUGUGCUCCCCCUUUGAAAUUCUGGGACGUCCAGUGAAACUUCCCAAACUUCCAAACUUCCCAAACUUCCCCCGAUGCCCGACUGGCUCCGGACCAUCGUGGAGUAUCGCUUCCCCUCCAGCAUCGACCCGUUCACCGAUCUCAUCUACGUCCUCUGGCUCUUCUGCGUUGUGAUGGCGUGGAACUGGAACAUGUGGUUGAUCCCCGUCCGCUGGGCGUUCCCCUACCAGACCGCCGACAACCUCCACCUGUGGCUGCUGAUGGACUACACCUGCGACUUCAUCUACAUCGCCGACAUCCUCGUCUUCCAGCCGCGGCUGCAGUUCGUCCGUGGAGGAGACAUCGUGUGUAAUAAAAAGGACAUGAGAGAAAACUACAUGACCACGGAGAGGUUCAAGAUGGACAUCAUCAGUCUGUUUCCCAUGGAGAUACUUUACCUUUUCACUGGAGUGAACUCUCUGCUGAGAUUCCCCCGCAUGCUGAAGUACAUGGUGUUCUUCGAGUUCAACGACAGAAUGGAAGCUGUGAUGAAGAAAGCGUACAUCUACAGGGUGAUACGAACCUCCACCUACCUGCUGUACUCUCUGCACAUCAACGCCUGUCUCUUCUACUGGGGCUCCGACUACGAAGGACUGGGAUCCACCAAGUGGGUCUACAAUGGAAAAGGCAACGCUUAUAUCCGCUGUUACUAUUUUGCCGUGAAGACGUUGAUCACCAUCGGAGGACUGCCGGACCCCACCACCGUCUUCGAGAUCUGCUUCCAGCUCAUCAACUACUUCGUCGGCGUCUUUGCGUUCUCCAUCAUGAUCGGUCAGAUGAGAGACGUGGUCGGAGCCGCGACGGCCGGGGAGAACUACUACCGGGCGUGCAUGGACAGCACCGUCAAAUACAUGAACUCCUACCACAUCCCCGGAGACGUCCAGAACCGCAUCAAGACCUGGUACGACUACACCUGGAAGAGCCAGGGCAUGCUGGAUGAACAGGAGCUGCUGGUGCAACUUCCCACUAAGAUGAGGAUGGACAUCGCUGUGGACGUCAACUACACCAUCGUCAGUAAAGUCGCCCUGUUUCAGGGCUGUGACAGACAAAUGGUGUUCGACAUGCUGACGAGGCUCAAAUCUGUGGUCUACCUGCCCGAAGACUUCGUCUGUAAAAAGGGGGAGAUCGGGAGGGAGAUGUACAUCAUCAAGCAGGGCGAGGUUCAGGUGGUGGGUGGCCCCGACCUGCAGACGGUGUUCGUCACCAUCAGAGCCGGCUCGGUGUUCGGAGAGAUCAGCUUGCUGGCGGGAGGCGGAGGGAACCGCCGUACGGCCAACGUAAAGGCGCACGGCUUCGCCAACCUCUUCAUCCUGGAUAAGAAGGACCUGGCAGAGAUCCUGGUGCACUACCCAGAGUCCCAGAAACUCCUCCGUAAGAAGGCCAAGACGAUGUUGACGAAGGACAAGAAGCCGGAGGAGAAGGUCAGAGGCAAAGAGGCGAUGCAGGUCAUCCCACCCAGACCGGACACCCCCAAAAUGUUCAAGGCGGCGCUGAAGGUGACGCAGGAGGAAGGAAUCCAGGGAACGUUCUCCAUCCUGAGGAAAACCUACAAAGCAUCUGACACAGCGGAGGGUGUCCCCUCCAUGGCCCCCCCUCGCUCUCCGAUGCACCGGCGCUCUCCUAUUCCUCGCGUUUUGGUUCAGGACGACCAAGACGUCGUGUCGGAGACCACCGACAGCUCAGUGAUCAUCAGGAUGACGCCGCGGCAGCAGGGGGAGGAGCUGCUCACCGUGGAGGUGGCGCCCGGGGAGGGACAGCAGAAGGAGGAGUGAGUCCACAGCACAGAUUUCCCAGAAUGCCUUUCAGCAACCAGAGAAGAGACGCGGGUUUCAGAUGGAGAGAGGACAACUAACCCCAGUGCAUUCUGGUCUCUGCUUCUUCUUCUUCUUCUCUGCAUUUCCUCCGUGUUGUGAAACGUCCGUCCUGCUGUUUUUUGGCGCCUUUUGAAUUUGUGCAGAAGAAAAACAUAAUUUAGUGAAAGUAGAUGUGAUGAUGGCAGCUUGUUAGUGUUAGUCGGCUUUCACUCAAACGUAACGUGAUGAACUGAACAUCUUGAAAUAGUACACAGCUGUAAUCUGCUGCCUCAAAGCUACACGCUCUUCAUACAGAGAACAAAAGAGAAAUACAGACGUGGUGAUCCUGCGACCUGAAGCCACGCUGAUACAUUUACAACUUUAAUCUCAAUAUUCAAGUUUUCAUCUCGUAGAUUUGUGAUUUUAUUAUCAUACAUUUACAACUUUCAAAUAUCAUUCUCGUAAUUUGUGACUUUAAUUUUAGAGAAUUUCUAAGUUCGUCUCGUAAUUGUACAACUUUGACCUGAGAGAAUAUCCAAGUUAUUUUCUUCUUACUUUAAACUCGGAAAAGGCUCCGUAAUUAAGUAGAUACACUGCCGGUGAAAUGUUUUUAAUCUGCAGCCACAAAUGUUGAGUGAGUCCAGUCAGAUGUCUGAGAGGAGAACUUUGUGUUUAAAACCAACAGAACAUUUCUUUACCUGACUUGUUACAGCAAAUAACGAACAACGUAAUACAAACUACAUGUCGGCCAAAAAUAGAUAUGCAGUAUGUGAAUUAAUAAAAAGUUUACGUCCCACGUGUUUCUGCGUAAUAUGAUGUCAACGAGUACCAACACUUUUGCAGACUUUCACAGUUGUUGUUCCGAUUUAAGGAGAUGAUUCACGUUUUUUCUAGUCCAGAACAAAUUUUUCCAAUUAUUCUGACACAACAUCAAAUGCACCAUUAAUAAUAAUAAUAAUAAUAAUAAUAAUAAU